AUGGAUUCUUCUAAAACUACCGAUGCAGCAAGUAGCCAAUCAAAACCUGAACACAUAAAUAAAGCAAUAAAAAAAGAUGUUGAUAAAGUAGUUGAUAAAUAUGAUAUUGAAGAGGUAACUGGUCAAUGUGACGCAGCUUCGAAUAAAACUGUAUCUUAUUGUCGAUGUUGGAAAUCAAAAAAGUUUCCACUGUGUGAUGGUUCUCAUAACACGUGGAAUAAAGAAACAGGUGACAAUGUUGGCCCACUUGUUCUUACAAAAAAACAGUAA